AUGGCUUCUAAGAAAACGAAGACGGCGGGCGAGUUCUACGGCUCUCGGUCGCAUCAGAGAAGGUCAGAUACAAAACGAGAGAGCGUGUCCGCCCACAAGGCCGGAAACUUGCGGCCGAGCUUAGCAUUCUACGUCUUUCUCGUGUCGAACGUCUUUGCUGCACUGCUGUCCCCAAUCCAGGACUGUGAUGAAGUCUUCAACUACUGGGAACCGUCGCACUAUCUCAACCAUGGGUACGGCUUGCAAACAUGGGAGUACUCGCCUGUCUACGCUAUCCGUAGCUGGGCCUACGCUGCCAUCCAUUCCGUCAUCAUCGCAGUCGGUACUCUCUUGCCCGACUCUUCGACUAAGCCAUUUGAGUUCUAUUUUUUGCGUGCCAUAUUUGCGCUCGUAUGCGCUUCGUGCCAGACCAAACUCUUCUCUGUAGUCUCUCGCUCCAUGAAUCCAAGGAUCGCCAUCAUAUUCUUGGUCAUCUCUGUCACUACUCCAGGCAUGUUCCAUGCGUCCACGGCAUAUCUGCCAUCAACUUUUGCCAUGUAUACGACCAUGCUUGGGACUGCCGCCUUUCUAAAUUGGAAAGGAGGCAAGCACACAGCACAAGGCAUCAUGUGGUUCGGGAUUGGAGCCACCCUCGGCUGGCCCUUCUCUGCCGCUCUUGUUCUCCCAUUCGUUGCUGAGGAUGUUUUCUUUGCUGCAAUUUCAGGCGAAUUCGGGUCAACAUUGGUGCGAUUUGUUGAUGGAACAGCUCGGUCGAUCCUUGUUCUGGCUUUCCAAACUGCCACUGACAUCUUGUUCUACAGGAAGCUCGCUAUUGUACCUUUGAACAUUGUUUUGUACAAUGUUUUUGGUGGUUCUGGGAAAGGUCCCAACAUCUACGGCACUGAGCCAUGGCAUUUCUACAUUCGUAAUCUCAUGUUGAACUUCAACAUCUGGUUCAUCUUAGCCCUGAUGGCCAUGCCGCUCUCGGUACUGCAGUACCUAGUAAGAGGUCAUGCUCCCACAAGACAGAGCAUACUGCGAACAGUGACGGUCACGGCGCCUUUGUAUCUCUGGCUUGCCAUUUUCACGAUUCAGCCGCACAAGGAAGAGCGGUUUAUGUAUCCUGCAUAUCCUCUUCUCGCCCUGAAUGCUGCCGUCUCAAUGCAUGUCAUACUUAAUUAUCUUGGCAGCACAGGGCCCAACGAUCUGAUCUCCAAGAUCCCGCUGGUUUUACGACUCGGCGUCGUAGUCUUCGCAGUCGUUCUAGCGAUUAAUUUGGGCCUUUUGAGAAUUGUCGGCAUGUUGACGGCGUACUCAGCUCCACUUAAGGUGUAUGCACCUUUGCACGCACCCAAUGUUACGCAGCCUGGCGAUACAGUCUGUCUGGGGAAGGAGUGGUAUCGAUUUCCAUCGUCAUACUUCUUGCCAGAAGGGGUGAGGGCGAAAUUCAUUCGCAGCGAUUUCAAAGGACUGCUUCCUGGUGAGUUCAACGAGACAAAAACAAGCUUUGGAUCUUUCCCAGGAGCGUAUCUUGAGCCAUCGGGGAUGAACGACGAGAAUCUGGAAGACCCGGGCAAAUACACGGACAUCGGACAGUGCUCGUUCUUGGUCGACUCGUACUUUCCGCACUCCGCCUCAUCUGCACAGGAACCAGACUUUAUCCUCGAUACUGAAACCUGGGAAGCGAUCAAAUGUGUGCCAUUCCUAGACGCAGGCCGGACAGGCGUCGUGGGACGCACGCUCUGGGUUUCCGAUCACCCCAUAAUUCCAGCUGGUUUGCGCAGGCAUUGGGGGGAAUACUGCCUUCUGAAGCGCAAAGCUCUGCACAGGUACUAUGCUGCUGAGCUUUCGCAAAAUGCAAGGUCGAAUCCCAAGUCUUUCAUUUAUGGCAGUAUUUUUGUGUUCGCGUCCGUAUGGGCCUUUGUGGCCGCGGUACGCUCGCUAAGAAGAAAAGCUUUGCCCUCCAAGUCCCGUCCUCCGACUCCCGAUCCAGAGAAGAAGCCGCAAUAUGCUUCGCAUGAGAUUUCCCGCCCUAGCCAAUAUGCAAUGAAAACGCCUGGAGUUUGGAUCCCUUCAUCUUUUAGGCGCCCUAAAGCAUCUCCGUACCCUAACUGGUCGCUGCAAGACACCAAGCCGCUCCCAUACAGACCAUUCAGGCCAAAGUAUUUUGUCACUCUGGGCCUGCGCAAUAUGAAGUGGGACGAGUGGAUCGAGAUUGACAACCAAUGGCCCAAAUUCCACGAGAUCAAGGAGAAGCGGAUAGCAGCGCGGGGUGAGAGAUGUUGCAAGACAGCUCCGGAAGCUUUUGACGCCGCUAUCGAGUUGCUCGAGGAGUUGUGCGAGUACCUCCCUGAACGAUACCCCAGCAUGUUCAAAAAAACCGAGGUCGGAAUGGAUAAUCUCUUCACGGGCGAGAGCUUCAAUAUAGUCGAGCGUCCCUUGAAGGAAGAUCCGAUGCAGAUGGCGUCGCGGUUUCUGCAGGACGAUCUAGCCAUCAUGAUUGAGAAAGAAGAUGGUCAAUACUACCUGCUCGCCGGUGCCAUCCUGCUCGCUGGCUUCUGGCGUCUCGAAGACAAAUUCGGAAUGCCGCUUUCCGAGAUUCAUACUUCGGGAGACGUGCCGCAGUUCAAAGAGAAGCUGGAGAAGGGCAUGAUGAAUUUCUUCCGCCGGAUCAAACCCGAGUCUCCGAUGCUGAGGAACAACUACUUCAUCCAAGUUGAUGAUGACCUCGCGUGGAGCUACAGCAUUGGUGACGAGGACGGAGCUGGCGUGAAUUGGAACACGGCGGAGAAGAAUCGAGCUGUGGAACAUCAUCACUUUAGGAGUGAGAGGCAGAGUCUGAGAAGGCUGCCGCGCACAGGUGGCGUUGUGUUCACGAUCCGAACGUAUUUCCAUCCUAUCACAGAGAUUUGCGAGGAGCCGUACGUGCCCGGUCGACUAGCAUCUGCAGUGAGGAGCUGGGCCGAUGACGUUUCAAGAUAUCGCGGGAAGGAACAAUUCCAAGAAGUGCUUCUGGAGUAUCUUGACAAGAAGCACGAGGAGCAGUUGGCGAAUGGUCUCGAGCCAGACAAGGAGGAUGAAUAUCAUCAAUAUCCAUAUUGA